AUGGUGCACACUCGCUGUGAACGAUCGUCGAGGGCGUACGUGUACAUCUUUUUGUCAGCACCAUAUUUUUCCACGCACCAUUUGCUCUCGGCACCUAGACAAAACGCGACGACUAAAGCCGUCCUCGGCAACGCACUUGAUGAGGACAAGGACAAAGCAAUCGUAGCAAUCGUUGUCCAACUUGAACGUGCCGGUCUGACAUCUGCUGGGCGUCGCGCUAGCCAUGGCCGACCAAGAAGCGCAGAAACUCGUCAAAAUCGCUCAGGAUAUGCGCGCCAGGUCUUACUGCAACUACAGCAAGGUUCGUGUUGGCGCGGCCCUGUUAUGUGAAGACGGGACAAUCAUUACAGGAUGCAACGUGGAGAAUGCAAGCUAUGGGCUGACUAUAUGUGCAGAAAGAACAGCACUAGUAAAAGCUGUGUCAGAAGGCCACAGGAACUUCAAGGCAUUAGCUGUUGCAUCAAACAUGAAUGAUCUCACAAUGCCGUGUGGAGCAUGCCGACAGUUUAUAAUAGAGUUUGGCAAAAACAUUAUAGUAUAUGCUGCUGCUGCUGAUGGGAGGGUAUUGACAAAAAGAGCCGACGAACUGCUCCCCCUGUCAUUCGGAGCAUCAGACUUGCCUCCAAAGUGACCUCAUUCAACUAUCUGCCAUGGAUUGUAAAUUGUUAUGACAAUAAAAGUGAGCUUUUUCAUAAGUGAGCAC